AAGAUUAUCAACAACUAUUCUCUAUAACAGAGUAGAUAGGCCACCGGGAAAGACUCGAGCGUAACCUCAUAGGAUAACGUCGUCUGCUUCCCGGAAGUUCUCCCCUCAUCUUUCCGAUAGUCUUGAUCGGGCACCGUGAUAUCCACUCAACGGGUCGCGCAUUAUCUGCUGUAUCAUACUUUGCAAUCGUUGCAUAUAGAGAUAUGGGGAUCGCUCUCGCUAUAGAGGCUGCAGUUGGGGCAGCGGAGGCCGGCGCAGCUGCAGCGGAGGCCGGUGCAGCUGCAGCGGGGACCGCUGAGGGCAUCGCCGGCGCUGCCGAGGCAGGGGAAGCCAUCGCCACCGGAGCCGAGGCGGGGGCUGAUGCUGGAGCGGAGGCCGGGGCGGAAGCCGGGGCGGCUAUUGAAUCGGGCGGUGAGGCCAUUGCGGGUGUCGUCUCAAAACUUACGGCAGCCAUGCUGAAAAUCGGCAAAAUGGUUGCAGAAUUUCUGGUAAUCGACGCCAUCUUCAAAGCUGCCAAGGCAAUUCUGGAUGAGUUAACUUCGGAUCCGGCGGCCAAGGCCCGGGCUCAGAAGCUGGCGAAACUGGUAGAUGUUCUUACCAAAAGCGCGAGUAUAAUGCAGGACAUCUACAAAUGGUUUAAAGAGCAUGCUGACGACACCACCACACUGAAGGGAAUGGAUGUACCAAUCAGCGGGGUUGUUUCAUCGUUCAUGCCUCGACUGGGAGCGGCAGCCCAAGUUCUGCAGACUCUGUCGACACAAGUGGCAGCGAAGAACCUGAAGAAAGACAAGAUCACAGACGGGGAGGUGGAGGCCUUGCAUCAUGGCUUGGACACGGUCGCCCAGUGCUUCCAGGCGCUGAAUGAAUUCAAGAAGAAGAACGAGGGCAAGGUGCCACUGUUGAAAGGCGUUCCAAUUGAUGACGCCAAAGUCGCUUCUAUUGCCGACCCACUGAAAAAUGUGUAAUCACGGUUUGCCUAAGAAAAAUGCGUGCUUUCCUGGAGAAGAAAUGACGAUACAAAGAAACAUACAAAAGAUUGUUCAUUUUGAGGGGCGUUAGGCCUGCAUUCAUUAUUUUUAUCCGAUUUAUACCCCUCCAACACUGUUAUGGGAGGGCCUUGUUUCUAUUGUGUUGCAAAGGUAAACCAAUAGCUUUACCCACCAAUAUUGAUAUGAUUGUUACAACAUCGCCUUAUUCUGGAAAUAAUCCACAUCGCGAGGUCGAACUUUGCUAUUCACCUGUCCAGUGCGGGGCUCGGACAGUGUCAGCAAAUCACUGUCCACUACGGUAACAACAGCGCUAGCAGACGACAAAGACAGAUAUGAAAACUCCAGCAGAUUCAACAGCGAAUAAUUCCUGUUCUAUGGCACUCGACGUGGAUUUGCUGGUAGACAUUUCUAGAUGAUAACUUAAAGACAUCUGUUAGUAGGUUUAUAUUGAUGUAGCUGUCAUGAAUAAGCAGAAAAAGUAGUUUUUUGUAGACCAUAUCUGCCUAUCUGGAGAAGAUAAUUGCACGUGCUGUGUUGUGUAGCAUGUACACCAGAAUAGGAAGAUAUGAUUACAAUUCAGGUUACAAAAUGCGCUUACUUCUCCCAUAUCUGCCUAAGUUGUGAAGAUUAUUGCAUGUGCUGUGUUGUGUAGCAUGUUCACCAGAAUAGGAAGAUAUGAUAACAAGCACUUGGCUCAAAGUGCUUUAUCUAGUGUCUUAAAAUGCAAUAAAAGACGGCAGACUGUGCGCUAUGGUUACCCGUGUCACUGUCAUGACUGUCCAAGUGUAACCAUAGCGGGCAGUCAUGGCAGUGCAUGAAAGUAACCAUAGCGGGCUGUCUGCAUUUUAUAGAACAAUUUAAGCCAAGUGCUUGUGAUCAAAUCUGCCUAUUCUGGUGUACAUGCUACACAACACAGCACAUGCAAUAAUCUUCACAACUUAUGCAGACAUGGUAGAAAUAAGCUCAUUUUGUACCCUGAAUUAGGCAUAUGACUUCAAAACACUGUUUUGUUCUAUACAUUCAGGACAGCUACACUGAUACAAACAUAUUCACAGAUGUGUUAAAGUUAUCAUCCUAAAAUAUCUACCAAGAAAUCCACGUCGACUGCCAUAGAACAAGAAUUAUUCGCCAUUGAAUCGGCCAGAGUUUUCAAAUUUGUCAUUGUCGUCUGGACAAUGACUUGCUGACUCUGUACUAAUCCCCACACUGCUAUCUUCUAAUUGAUUUGUAGUGGCAUGAUCUCUUUAAAAGUCGCGGCCCGACCAGAAGGACUUACCCCGUCUAGGGAUAGCAGUAUUGAUUUGAUGACAAAUACAACAAAAAAGCCCGGUGAAAAAGCAAUGCAUGUGUUACAUAAUUAGAUGUUUAGUUCCUUCUUCAGUUAAUUAGCAGACAUAGAAUUUUAUAUGACAAAAUAAAGAAAACAUUUAUGGAA